AUGCCCAACCCGCACACUUCGGCAGCCAUUGCCCAGGUCGCCUUUUACGCGCCCAUGGUGCCCGUCGUCAUCUAUCUGUUUUCACGCAACGCCGGCAUCCGCCCACGAAUGGCCUGGUGGCCCUUGAUCCCCUUUAGCUUGUUCCGUCUCGCUGGUGGCAUCGUAACCAUCCUUGCCGAAAAGCAGCCCGACAACACUGGCCUCUGGAUCGCGGCGCUGAUUCUUCUCAAUGUCGGCGUCGUGCCGCUCAUUGUCGCCGACCUCGGCCUGACUCGUUUAAUCAUGCAAGACAACCACGCCGCCAAGCCCGCCUACGAAAAACUCGCCAAAGGCCUGCGCCUCACAUUCGUCGCCGCCAUCGUGCUCCUCGCCGCCGGGGGCGGCACCGCGUCCGCGUCCGCGUCCGUCAGCCGGGGCCUGACGCUCGCCGGCUACGUCGUCUUCGCGCUCGAGCUGGUGCUGCUCACCGCCGUGCAGGCCUGGUUCUGGCACCGGUCGCACGCGCUGCUGCCGAGCAGCCGCCGCGUGCUGGUGGCCACGCUGGCCGCGGCGCCGCUGCUGGCCCUGCGCACCGCGUACGGCCUGCUCGAGGUCGCCGAGCAGGCCCGCGCCGGGAGCUUGUGGAACCCGCUGACCGGGUCCGCCGUCGCCUUCGCCCUCAUGGCCCUGCUGCCCGAGUACCUCGUCCUGCUCGCCUGGGUGCUCAUGGGCUACUCGAUCCCGCCCCGGCGCGAGGUCGGCCUGGAGCCGCGCGACGGCGAGCCGCCCAAGGUCUGA